GUUCCUCUUUCUUCUCUCCCCUCCUGGAACACUGGCAUGUUCUAUACUUCUUUUUGUUUUCCCUUUUUUUUUUUCUUCCCAGCUUCCUGUACGCCUUAUCAUCAAGUGUAAAGUCUCUUCUGUUGGUUGUUCCUUUUUUUCAGACAUACUAGCGUUUCACUUUAGUGAUGAAUACCACCACACCUGCCCACCAUGCAUUUGUUAAGAGUUGGGAUGGAGCUGAGCUUUGCUUUGGAUCUGCAAAAUUAGUAGUUAGCUCUGUGGUGUUGUUUGCUUGGUUCCCGGAUGGAUGUACAUGCAUGUACUUUAAUUCUAAUAGAUCUCUCUCUCGUUAUCUAGGUAUAUAUAUAUAUAUAUAUAUAUAUAUGCCUGCGCCAAAGCUAACUGGAGUCCCUACCUACCUAUGUAGCUAUCUACGGCAGGGGUUAAUUGAUGGACGACAAACAAUCAACAAUUUAGAAAACUAAUUGCAUGACAUGACAGGGGAUAAACUAUAUGAGAGAUAUCAAAAGCUAAUGUAUUUGUUACAGGCGUGUAAAAUGCUAAUUUAGAAAAAAGACACAAGCUAGCUAGCUAGCGAGCGAUAUAAUAAUAG